GCGGAAGUGCUGCUGGGGGAGUCGGGCAGGUCACCUGACUGUGGAGUGGACGGGCUAUGGCGUCUUCUCUGGUUGCCGGAGAGCGACUGCUGCGCGCUUUGGGCCCCGGCGGAGAGCUGGAGCCGGAGAAGCUGCCCCGGAAGCUCCGGGCUGAGCUUGAAGCCGUGCUCAGCCCUAAGCACGCGGGCGCUGAUCGUCCCGGUAGCCCUCGAUGCUUGAUUCCCUUCCGUCUGCUCCGGGAUCUGCACCAGCACCUGAGAGAAAGGGAUGGCACACUGUACCUUCAUGAGCUCCUAGAAGGCAGCGAGAUCUACCUCCCAGAGGUGGUGAAGCCCCCACGGAACCCAGAGCUGGUUGCACGGCUAGAAAAGAUUAAGAUACAGCUAGCCAAUGAGGAGUAUAAGCGGAUCACUCGCAAUGUCACCUGUCAGGAUCCAAGACAUGGUGGGACUCUCAGUGACCUGGGAAAACAAGUGAGGUCAGUGAAGGCUUUGGUCAUCACCAUCUUCAACUUCAUUGUCACGGUGGUAGCCGCCUUCGUCUGCACCUAUCUUGGAAGCCAGUAUAUCUUCACAGAAAUGACCUCGGUGCAGUCUGUCCAGCGAAGUGCUUGACAGGAGGUCAGAGGCUGGAGAAGUUUGGGGCUCCAAGUUUGUCAUGGCCUGCUGCACACAGAAGGAAGUAGCAUUCUUUGGGUUUUUACAAAGUGUCACCACAGGACGCCCUUUUCCUCUAUGGUUUCUUAUUCCCAAGGGAAGGAAGCAAAUGUUGCCAUCCCUGCUUUUGAGACAGAGUAUCCAAGAGAUGCUAUGGUUCUGUAGCAGUGCCAGGGUUUGAACCCAGUGCAAAGCAGUUGCAAGCUCCAUACUUUUCCUUCCAGAGCAGAGCAGCCCCAGGAGGGGAAGCACUUAGAAUGUGCAGGAGGUGCCAGCUUAAGCUCCCAUCACCUCAGAGAUGGCCCACCAGCAGGGUCCUAAGCCCUCCAGGGAAC